GGAAGUGGCGGAGGGGAAGCGGCGCCGCUGAGGGGCCCGAGCGGGACCGGGAUCGGGAACCGGGAUCGGGAUCGGGAAUUGUGAGCGGGAAUUGGGAGCGGGAACCGGGAUCCAGAACCGGCAGCGGGGAGCGCCCCCCGCGCGCAGCUCCAGCCAUGGGGGACAUGAAAACCCCGGAUUUCGACGACCUGCUGGCCGCCUUCGACAUCCCCGACAUCGACGCCAACGAGGCCAUCCACUCGCACCACGAGGAGCCCGAGCCCCACGGCAAGCAGCUGCCGGGGGAGCCGGGCCCCGCGGGGGCCCCCGAGCACGUGCUGCCGCACCCCGACAUCUCGGCCGUCAGCGUCAUCGUCAAGAACACCGUGUGCCCCGAGCAGCUGGAGGGCAAGGACGCGGCCCUGGCGCCGCGGCUGCUGCAGAACGGCUUCGGCGCCGCCGCCGAGGGGCUGCGCUCGCCCGGCGCCCGCCUGGCCGAGGCCGCCUCCAACGGCGAGUGCUGGGCCAAGGAGAAGGGCUCCAAGGCCUUGGAUCUCUUCUCCCACUUCAGCCCCGAGCCCGGCGAGGACGGCGCCAACCUGAUCGACCGGGCCCGGGAGUGCAAAGCCAAGGAGAAGUCGCUGGCCGUGCCCUCGCUGGCCGCGUCCCCCACGCCCCCCGGGGACUGCAAGGAGCCCCUGGGAGAAGGCGCCGAGAGCCUGGAGCCAGCGUUCCCGGCGCCAUUCCGGGCGGGAGCGGCCGGCGACGGAGCCCACCCCGUGGCCUGCAUCAAGAAGGAGGAGUCGGACUCGGAGGAGGCUCCGGGCAGGGGCUGCAGCCCCAAGGGGCUGGUGCUGGAUCACCUCAAGUCCGUCACCGUCCGCUACUCGGCCGAGGACUCUCCCGUGGUGGCGUGGCCGGGAGCGGAGCCGGCGGCGCUGGACGCCGGUGCCAGCGCUGGGGCCGAGCUCAAACGCUCGCCCGGGAGCCCCCGGGAGUCCUUCUCCUCCCCAGGAAUUCCCAUCCCACCUUCCCCCAAGCAGCUCUCCUUGAAGGAAGAGCGGGAAAUGCUGGGGAAAUCCGUGGGGAGCCCCCCGAGCGUUUCCAGCGGCGAGGAGGAGGAGGAGGAGGAGGAAAGCACCAACUCGCCAUCCUCCAGCUCCUCGCGGCCGCUCAAGGUGCGCAUCAAAACCAUCAAAACCUCCUGUGGCAGCAUCACCAGGACGGUCACCAGGGUGUCCUCGGACUCGGAGCCGCCCUCCACCAAAGUCCCCAGCGAGCAGGAUUCCCAGGAGCCCUUGGAGUGUCCCGCCGGCAUCGCCUCGGAGGCGGCGGCCAAGGAGAAGUCGGAGCUCUCCAGCCCUCUGAAGAACACGGAAGGGCCCAAAAUCGUCAGCGUGCAGCUGGGCAACGGCACCAAGCUGAAGGGGACGGUGCUGCCCGUGGCCACCAUCCAGAGCGCCAGCAGCGCCAUGCUCAUUGCCGCCAGCGUGGCCCAGCAGAAAUCCGUGGUUCUGCCCGGAAAAGCCGGCAAAUCCGUGGCCAAGAACAUCCUGAGCCUGGUGCCGCAGCCGCUGCCCAAGGGCGAUGGGAGGCCCAACGGCAGCGCCAAGGCCAACGGCGGCGCCGCGCCGCCCAAGGCAGCGCCCGGCGUGGCCGGCACCGUCAUCUCCCGCAGCCAGUCCAGCCUGGUGGAGGCCUUCAACAAGAUCCUCAACAGCAAGAACCUGCUGCCCACCUACAAACCCAACCUGAGCCCCCCGGCCGAGUCCAGCCUGGCGCUGCCGCCCUCGGGCUACCGCUGCCUGGAGUGCGGCGACGCCUUCGCGCUGGAGAAGAGCCUGGCGCGGCACUACGACCGGCGCAGCAUGCGCAUCGAGGUCACCUGCAACCACUGCACCAAGCGCCUGGUGUUCUUCAACAAGUGCAGCCUGCUGCUGCACGCCCGCGAGCACAAGGACAAGGGGCUGGUGAUGCAGUGCUCGCACCUGGUGAUGCGGCCCAUCGCGCUGGAGCAGAUGAUCGGCCAGCCCGACAUCACGCCCCUGGUGUCGCUGGCCCUGCCCGCCGGCAAGGUGGCCCAGGAGGGCGGGGGCGCGGCGCAGGAGCUGCCCGUGCUGCCCCUGGGCUCGGAGCAGAGCAGCUACAGCUGCUUCAGGUGCCUGGAGUGCAAGGAGCAGUGCAAGGACAAGGCCGGGCUGGCGGCGCAUUUCCAGCAGGUCGGGGUGGCCACCAGCAGCAGCAGCACGGUGUGCUCGGCGUGCCCCAUGAUCCUGGCCAACCGCUGCAGCUUCAGCGCGCACCAGCGCAUGCACCGCAGCCGCCCGCCCCACGUGUGCCCCGAGUGCGGCGGCAACUUCCUGCUGGCCAACUUCGAGGCCCACCUGAAGGAGUCCUGCCUGCACUUCUCCCGCAGGGUGGGCUACAGGUGUCCCAGCUGCUCCGUGGUGUUCGGCGGCGUCAAUUCCAUCAAGUCCCACAUCCAGAGCUCCCACUGCGAGGUUUUCCACAAGUGCCCCAUCUGCCCCAUGGCCUUCAAGUCGGCCCCCAGCGCCCACGCCCACGUCUACACGCAGCACCCCGGCUUCAGCAACCAGCAGUCCAAGAUGAUUUACAAGUGUGCCAUGUGUGACACGGUGUUCACGCACAAGCCGCUGCUGUCGUCGCAUUUCGACCAGCACCUGCUGCCGCAGCGCGUCAGCGUCUUCCGCUGCCCGCAGUGCCCGCUGCUCUUCGCCCAGAAGCGCACCAUGCUGGAGCACCUCAAGAACACCCACCAGCCCCAGAAGUCCAAGGACGAGCCCUCCCGGAGAGCGGGGGCGCUGCUGACGCCCAAGGCGGAGCCGCUGGAGCCGCCGGGGCCGCGGCGCUCGGAGUCGUCCUCGAGCUCCUCGGAGGAGGAGGAGGAGGCGCCGAGCUCGCCCGAGCUGCGGCGGGCGCGGCGCAGCCGCUUCCCCCGCAAGGCCGGCCCCAAGGCCAAGGGCAGCGGCUGGACCUGCGGCGUCUGCCACUCGUGGUUCCCCGAGCGCGACGAGUACGUGGCGCACAUGAAGAGGGAGCACGGCAAGUCUGUGAAGAAGUUCCCGUGCCACCUGUGCGAGCGCUCCUUCUGCUCGGCGCCGAGCCUGCGCCGCCACGUCCGCGUCAACCACGAGGGCAUCAAACGCGUCUACCCCUGCCGGUACUGCACGGAGGGGAAGAGAACCUUCAGCAGCCGCCUGAUCCUGGAGAAGCACAUCCAGGUGCGGCACGGGAUCAAGGUCACGGACCCCGCCCGCAGCCAGGAGGUCGUCAUGGCCCGCGGCCCCUCCGGCCCCGCCCAGGCGCCGGGGCGCAAGCGGAAGCUCUCGUCGGACGAGUCGUGCAGCGAGGAGCCCGACAGCACCACGCCGCCCGCCAAGAGCCCCAAGCCCUGCGGGGCCAAGGCCCCGUUCCGCUGCCGCAAGUGCGGCUUCCUGGCCGGGAGCCGGGCGGAGUUCCAGGCCCACAUCCCGCAGCACCGCACGGACGGGAAUUCCCAGCAGUGCCGCGAGUGCGGCCUCUGCUUCACCUCGCAGAUCUCCCUGAACCGCCACCGCUUCAUCUCCCACAAGAAGAAGAAGGGAGCGGAGCCCGAGGAGCCCUCGGGAGGCGCCGCCCAGGGCAGCGGCAGCGGUGCCGGUCCCGGCGGGAAUUCCGGCGGCGGCUCCGAGGGGAAGCUGGAGUGCAAGGUCUGCGGGAGGGGCUUCGAGAGCCAGCUCAACCUCAAGACGCAUUUCCGGACCCACGGCAUGGCCUUCAUCCGGGCCCGGCAGGGCGCCGAGGAGAACUGAGCUGUGCAGGAAUCCCGGCAUUCCCGGGAAUCUGGGGUCGGCUCCAAGCCCGGGAACCGUGGCAUUCCCGGAAUUCCAGGAUCAGCCCUGAGGAGAACUGAGCAUCCCCGGGAAUCUCGGAAUUCCCGAAAUUCCGGGGUCGGCUCCAAGGCCGGGAAUCGGCGCCGUGUACAUAAAACACCCCCAGAGCCCUUCCCGGUGUCCGAGGGAAACGUGGGAAUGGGAUUGGGACUGGGACGAUCCCAAAUCCCGCCGGGAAUCCCCUGGGAAUGUUGGAUUUUGGGGGGAUUUGGGGCUUCUGGGACCCCUCCGGGCUCUUCCCAGAAAUUCCCGGAUCCGGAUCGGGCGGGGGAAGCUUUUCCAGCGAAAUCCACCUUUCUUUGUUAUUAUUUUUGGGUUUUGUUUGUUUCCCUGGAUGUUUUUUUCCCGUUUGGGAACGUUCCCGGUGUGUUUUGUUGGGAAGGAGGCGAUUCCAGAGUCCUGGAAUUCCGGAGGUCCCUGGGAAGGGCACUCGGACACUUGGCCGGACAUUCCCAAGGGAGCAGGAAGAGGAAAAAAGCUGGAAAAAAGGAGAGAGAAGAAGGAAAAGAGGAGAUUUUUCUUUUGGCAGAGGAAUAAUGACCCAAAAAAGCCAGGAUUGGGAAGGGAUCCCAAAUCCCAGCCGGGACCCUUUUCCUGAAGAAAAAGUGGGAAAACUGCUCCCAGAUUCCAGGCUGAGGCUGAGGUCUGGGGGCUUUUCCAGCUUUUUCCAGCUCCUCCUUCCCCUCGGGCUCCGGGACCUUUCCCACUUCCAAUCCCCCCCCAAAAUCCUCUGGAAAAGCCCCUCCUCCCUCUGGCACCGUACUCCCAGAAUUCCUGGGAGAAUUCCGGGAAUUCCCUGUGGAUAACCUUCCCCUCUCCCUGUAAAGUUGUAUCAUACACUAAAAUCCACGAAUCCCAACAACUGCUGUGCUCCUUCUGGGAUUUGGUUUGGUUUUCCAAGGUUUUUUUUCCCUUUUUUUGUGUUUUUUGGGAUGGCAGAAGCUGCUUUGAGGUUGAUUUUUGUUUUCUUUUUUUUUUUUUUGGUUUUUAUUCCCAGUUUUUCUGACUUUUUCCAGCAGGAGUGAGGGGAGUUUUCCCUCCCCUUUUCCCUGCGGGUGGAUGGAUGGAAAAAGGGUGGGAAAAAACUGGGAAAAAUCAGGUGGAAUCGGCCAUUCCCAGAAAUCCCCCAGGCCGGGUGUAAAUAGAAGAAAUUAAAGUUUCUACGAGAUUUAGAAAGAAAAAAUUCCCAGAAAAGAAAACUAUGGAAAAAUGGCUUUGGACCCACGGUUUUCCAGCAUUUCAGUGCCUUGAGCUGGAUUGGGGGUGGAGGGAGGGAGGGGCUGGAAUUCCGGGAAUGUUCCCCCCUGGAAUUCCGGGGCUGUUCCCCGGGAGCGUUGGGGAUUUUGGGAAUGUGCUGACGGAAAGCCGCGGGCUCGAGAGGCUCUCAGGAAUUCUUUAUUCUGUAGGAAUCGAUUCCAUUAAACUCCAGUGGUUUCA